AUGGCGGACAGUCAUCACAUCUGGCUGCGGGAUCAUUGCCGAUGCCCGCAAUGUUUUCAUUCAGCUACCAAGCAGCGGUUGGUCAACACGUUCGAAAUUCCUCCAGACGUCAAGCCUGUACAAGUCGAGUCGAAGGCUGACGGUUUGGAAGUGAAAUGCAACCUUCUAUAUCUGUCUUAUUCAGGGCCGUCAUCACAACCGCACACCUCAUUCUAUCCGUGGUCAUGGCUGCAGCAGAAUUCGUAUGAUCCACCAUUAUCCAAGCCAUCACAUCCCGAGAGGAUCCUAUGGGGCUCUAAAAUCCUGCAAUCACCGCCUACUGUGACAUACGAAGAAGUAAUGUCAGAGGACGAGCAGGGAUUGUUCAAGUGGUUAUCGAAUGUGGAUAAAUUCGGCUUCUGCUUUGUUACCAGUGUUCCACCAACCCCCGAAGCCACCGAAGGGCUCUCCUGCCGAAUUGGGUUCAUCCGUGAAACCCAAUAUGGCAAAUUCUGGGAUUUCACGUCAGACCUUGCCAAAGGAGAUACAGCUUAUACCACGAUGGCAUUAGGAGCGCAUACAGAUACGACUUAUUACACCGACCCAUGUGGUCUACAACUAUUCCAUCUCCUCGAGCACACGGGUGGCAAAGGCGGUGCGACCCUCCUUGUGGAUGGCUUCUAUGUCGCCUCUAUCUUGAAGGAGCUGCAUCCCACCGCGUAUGAGCACCUCUCACGUGUGCGCGUCCCUGCACAUGCCGCAGGAGAGCCCAGUGCACUGUAUACACCAACUCCCCAGGGAGGGUAUCCUGUUCUGCGACACGCAGAUGAUGAGCUAAUACAGGUGCGGUGGAAUAACGACGACCGCAGCGUCAUGAGCCACCUUGAACCCGGACUAGUAGAGGAGUGGUAUGAUUCAAUACGGAAGUGGCACCAGCUUCUGACAAGCGCAGAUUCCGAAUACUGGGUGCAGCUCUCACCCGGUACGGCAGUCGUUGUCGACAACCAUCGAGUACUACAUGGCCGCUCUGCGUUUGAUGGCAAGCGACGAAUGUGCGGUGCGUACAUUGGCAUCGAUGAGUACCGCUCGAAGCUCGCUGUCCUCUCGGAAAAGUUUGCACCCGGCGCGGUGGUGCGCGAGACGACGCCCUACUCGAGCGUCAACGGUCGGAGUGUGUGGAAUCCAUCGCUAUAA